AUGGCCGUCAUGUCUGCAUUCUCGCAAACCAUAGCGCUCUCGCGUCAAGUGCCGCUCUAUCUAUUCGGCUUCAUCAUUGCCAUCAUCAUAUACAGUCUAUCUCGUAUUCUCCAUCGUUCUGCACAACGCGUACCCGACGCUCCAUGGCUGCGAAUAUCAAAUCUACCUGGGAAGGCGGGCGAGCUAGAAGAUGCGCGGCUUUAUGUCAAGAACGGACACGAGGUCAUCUGCCUGGGUUACGAGAAGUACACCAAGAAAGGCCAGAAUUGGCUCAUGAGAACCCCCGAGGGAUUUCAGUUUGUCUACCAUCCUAGAUACAUCGAGGAGGUUCGCUCAGCCAAAGACACGGAGCUGUGGAACUUGCCAGCCAACAACGAAUUGGUGCAAACGCGUUAUACAAUGCACAAGAACUUGGAAUACGAUCAAUAUCACUUCAACGUCGUCAGCAAACAAUUGACUCAGAGCCUGGGGCCUGGGCUUCCUGCCAUUGUCGACGAAUGUUUCGGGGCAUUCCACGACUUGAUAGGGGAACCAAAGGAAUGGAAAUCAAUGGUCAUGUUCCCCGUCUCUUUCAACAUCGUGACUCGAACAGCAAACCGCCUUUUGUUCGGCGCAGAUCUCGCCAGGAACAAGGAGUUUCUGAAACUCGCCAUCGAGUACAGCGACACGUUCUUUGCUGGUGCCAACAUGAUCCGCCAUUAUCCGCCAUGGACGAAACGCCUGGCCUUAUACCUCAAGACGGGCAUGUACUCGCAACAGACGCAGGCGAGGAAACAUCUCUAUCCCCUGCUACGGUCUCGUAUCGCAGCAAUGGAGAAGGCAAAAAGAGAAGGCACGUAUGAAGAGUUUGAAAGGACAAAGCCAGCCGAUACUGUCCAGUGGGUUCUCGACAUCACCCCUCCGGAGAGGCUGCACGACCUCAACGAUAUCAUGAUGAGACUCGUUCACAUCCUCACCGCGGCGGUGCAUACCAGCAGUGUCACCUACCUCAAUGCACUCUACGACCUCGCCCAGCAUCCCGAGGUUCACGACGAACUCCGUGAAGAGAUCAACAACGUGUUCGCCUCCGAGGAUGGCGUGUGGAAGAAGCAGGGUCUGACCAAAGCAAUGAAACUGGACAGCUUCAUCAAGGAGAGUGCGAGGUUUCAUCCCUUCCAAGCGGGCACGAUGGACCGAAUCGCAAUGAAGGACUAUACACUCAGCGACGGCACCGUCGUCCCCAAAGGAACAUACAUGAUUACUCCGUCGUCAGCGGCCAACUUCGAUACGGAAAUCUGGGGUCCUGACGCCCUGGAAUUUGAUCCGUGGAGAUUCCAGAAGAGGCGGCUCGAGAAAGGCCAGGAGACGCUACACUCGAUGGUCCAAACGACACCUCAAUUUACCUAUUUCGGUCACGGGAGACACGCGUGCCCAGGUCGAUUUUUCGCCGUCAACGAGAUCAAGGUGCUCCUGAUUUAUACCCUGACGCAUUACGACAUCAAGUUUCCGGACAAGAGUCCAAAGCCAGAGCUGAUGUGGUUCUCUGGCAAGUCUAUGCCCGAUAUGACGGCCGAGAUUAUGUGGAAGUGGAGAGAGAAUAUAUAUUCAGGUGUGGGAAAGGAGAUAUCGGAUGCUCUGCUGGAGAGAGGAAACGCCAGGGUCACCGUCUUCACGAGGAAAUCGGCUCACAAAGCAGCUGGUCGGACGUCUAAGAAUGACGACGACCAGGAUGGCACAGGCACCGGCCCCAAUUAUAGGGUCGUGGAGGUGGACUACCUCGACACGGACGAAUUAGUGCUCAACCUGAAAGGCGUCGACGUUGUCUUGAGCUUUGUGCUGGACUAUGAGAACCGGGUGCAAAAGGCUCUUAUCAACGCAUGCGUGUUGGCCAAGGUCAAGAGAUUUGCGCCGAGCGAAUGGGUCUGGGGCAAUUACUCCGGCAUCGAGCUUUUCAAGUACAAGGACGAGAUACGACAGUAUCUGGAGCACCUCAACGCUCGGGGGACCGUCCUCGAGUACUGUCUCUUCCAGCCCGGCAUGUUCAUGAACUACCUGAGCUUCCCCAAACCGUCGGCGAAGCAUCUUCACCCCUCGCCGAUUCCUAUCGACAUUCAAAACUGCAAGGCCCUGGCCCUCGAGGCCGAGGAGCCAUGCGUUGUCUUCACCACCGUCCAGGAUCUGGCCAGAGUGGUCGCCCUCGCCGUCGAAUAUGAACAGCCCUGGCCGCCCGUUGGCCAUAUUCAGGGCUCGAGGACCACCAUCCGAGAUCUCGUCAAAUUGGGAGAGAAAAUCCGAGGAAAACCCUUCCAAACAUACUCAAUUCCUCGGGAGGACGUCGAGCUCGGGAAGUUGGAAAGUCCGUGGAUCCCUCGCAUCAUCCACUCCUCAAUACCGCCGGAAAAGGUCGAAGUAAUGAGCAGACAAUUAGCCACCAAUUGGCUUUUAGCUGCCUCUCGAGGCUGUGUCGACAUGUCGCCAACCUGGAACCGUCUCCUGCCAGAGUUCAAACCAACUACGGUCGAGGAGUUUCUGAGAGAGCAUUUCUCUGCUGAUUGA